AUGGAGCAAAACGCCGUCGCCAUCUCGUGCCUAUGCGGGGCUGCUCAGCAGUCGCUAAACUUGACGUCGCUCGUCGGCAGCUGGCCCCACGUCCCGAUCUGCCACUGUGACAGCUGCCGCCGCCUGACGGGGGUCCUCUGCACGUCCUACGUCGCCAUCUCGACCACCACCCCCCCGACGCCGUCGGUUGUUGGCCUGAGGAGCUACGACGCGCCGUCGCCGCACUCGGGAGCAUGCCGGUAUUUCUUCUGCGCGACGUGUGGCUGCCAUGUCUUUCGCUGUUUUCCUGCUCCUCACGGGGACGAGACUCUGGCGUGGGAGGUGGCAACCGGCGUCAUUGCCGACUCCCCUGAACCAGGCCCUUCUCUCGUAAGCAGCGGCGGGGAGCGAGAUCACAAAUCCGUAAAAGCAUGGCAGCAUCUUAAUGUCGACGACACCCGUGACGGGGGCCUGUCCAUCUGGAUUCCGGGGCUAGGCAAUGCGGCCCCUGUACAGGGAAUAGGGGCCGGCCAAGAUAGGGGGCCCAAAGCAACAAUAGUUCCUGAUAAUGACCAUGGCGAGACACAACCCGCCGCCGCCCCAGAAGACGACUAUCUUCGCGCCUCGUGCCACUGCUCGGCCGUCUCCUUCUGCGUAACCAGGCCAGACGCCGUGACCAGCACCGCUCCGCGGUCCAACUUCCCAGACCUAAUGCUGGCCUACUGCAGCACGCCCCCGGAAGUCUUCUCGAAUCCAGGGGACGAGAAGUGGUGGCUGCGCGGCGGGCCCCUCUCUGCCCCCUCUCUCGAUCCUAGCUCCAGCCGCAAUGAUACUCCCAGAACGCAAAUGCAGCAAUCCCCUGGAACAACAACAAAGUACCUCGCCGGCACGUGCGCAUGUCGCUCGUGUCGGCUGACGAGCGGGUUCGAGAUCCAGCCAUGGGCGUUCAUCCCGCGGGGCAACAUCUUGUUCCUCUCCGGUAUCCCAGGCACCUUCAUCCCCCUCGACUUCAACCACCCUCCGCCCGCACUCCAGCGGUACACCUCGUCCCCGGGCGUGGCGCGCGAGUUCUGCCACAGGUGCGGCGCGACCGUCUUCUGGCACGACGUGUUCCGGCCGGAGCUAGUCGACGUGAGCACUGGGCUAUUGCGGGCUGAGUCGGAGGGGGCACGUGCUACGGGGUGGCUAGUGUGGUGGACGGAGCGGGUGAGUUUCGCCGAGGAGGCCGGCAAGGGGCGGCGGGCGGCGGGGAUGGCGACGCUCUGGGCGAGGGAUCUAGUUGAUGCUCUAGCUAGCGGGAUGCGGGUAGAUGGCUCCUCCCGAGAAGGUGUAGCGGGAGAAAUGCAGAGUACUAUGACAGUCUCGUCCGUCGUGGCCGAGACAGAUAUCGGAAGCUAA